GAGCGUGUGAUUCGAGAAAGGGGAAUUAUCCGUGUGUUGUGUGUAGCUAGCUACAUUAGCUACUGGAAAAGGCGAUAGUAAAUUGGAAGGAAUAAUUAAAUUAUUUUAAAUAUCACAGUAACACAUCUUAGCACAUUCAGUUUUAAAAUGGUUGGUGUGAAAGUAAUCGGCAAUGAUUCAGAAUUUCAACCUGAAUUGACAGGCGCCGGUUCCAGACUCGCUGUGGUCAAGUUCACUAUGGCAGGGUGCCGACCUUGCGUCAGAAUAGCACCUGCUUUCAACAUGUUGAGCAACAAGUACCCUCAAGUUGUUUUCCUUGAAGUAGAUGUGCAUGUCUGUCAGGCCACUGCUGCUGCCAACAACAUCUCUGCAACACCCACGUUUCUGUUCUUCCGAAACAAAGUACGUGUGGAUCAGUAUCAAGGAGCAGAUGCAGCAGGACUGGAGGAGAAAAUAAAACAGCAUGUGGAAAAUGAUCCAGGGAGUAACGAGGACUCAGACAUUCCAAAGGGAUAUAUGGACCUCAUGCCAUUUGUAAGCAAAACUGGAUGUGAGUGCCUAAAUGAGAGUGAUGACUACGGCUUUGACAAUUGCUUAAUCAAGGACACGUCUUUCUUGGAGUCUGACUGUGACGAGCAGCUCCUCAUCACAAUGGCCUUCAGUCAGCCCGUCAAGCUGUUCUCCAUGAAGCUCCAGUGCUCUGACUUCGCAAAUGCCCCAAAGUGUGUAAAGAUCUUCAUCAAUCUGCCCCGCUCGAUGGACUUUGAUGACGCUGAACGGAGUGAAGCUACACAGAAACUGGAUCUCGGUGAGGAGGAAUACAAGGAAGAUGGACUCAUCCCACUGCGAUACGUCAAGUUCCAGAACGUCAACAGUGUCACUCUAUUCAUAAAAUCAAACCAAGGGGAGGAGGAGACGACGAAAAUUAACUACCUGACAUUUAUUGGAACCCCUGUACAAGCAACAAACAUGAACGACUUCAAACGGGUUGUGGGGAAGAAGGGAGAGAGCCACUGAAGAGACGACGCGGACAUGCUGCUGCAAUCCCAUCUGCCAAAGCUGCUGGUUAUCUCGGCUGUAAUACAAAUAGACCGGCGCCUCUCUUUAUUUCUCUCCGUCUCUGUCUCUGUCUCUCUCUAGCUCUCAAAGAGAGUGGAAUCACUGCUGGGGCUGAGGCAGCUCCCUUCAGAUAUUUUUAUUGUAAUCCAAAACUAACAUGUAAAUAAAAGGAAUCCUUUUUCAAAGGCA